UGUAUUCGCAGCUACUCGAGAAGACAUGGGUAAACCAUCCGGUAUCCGUACUGCCCGUAAGCACGUUAAGAACAGGAGGAAGCAGGUUUGGGCUGACAAGGAUUACAAGAAAGCUCAUCUUGGAACAAGAUGGAAGGCUAAUCCCUUCGGUGGAGCUUCCCACGCUAAGGGAAUCGUUCUUGAGAAGGUUGGAGUUGAGGCUAAGCAGCCUAACUCUGCUAUCCGUAAGUGCGUGAGAGUGCAGCUGAUCAAAAACGGAAAGAAGAUCACAGCAUUCGUCCCCAAUGACGGUUGUUUAAACUUCGUAGAGGAGAACGAUGAGGUUUUGGUCGCUGGAUUCGGUAGGAAGGGUCACGCCGUCGGAGAUAUCCCCGGAGUCAGGUUCAAGAUCGUGAAGGUUGCGAACGUCUCCUUGAACGCCCUGUUCCGCGGCAAGAAGGAGAGACCACGUUCUUAAACUCUGUCUUAUUACCGUGCUACCCAGAGCUAUGUGAUUAAAUCUACUACUGGAUACACUAAACUCUAAAUCCUAUUUCAGA